AUGUCCCACCUAAUCCAUGAACUGGGGGUGUCUCCGAAGCUGGGGUUCUAUGAUAUCUACAGCAUCGAUGACCCAGACCUGCUGGCGUUCAUCCCGCGGCCAGUUUAUGGCCUUAUCUUCAUCUGUCCCCGCGAUGCAUACUACCGUACUCGCGAGAGUAUGGGCACAGACAACAUGCCCGAGUACACGGGCUCGGGACCAGACGAGCCCGUCCUGUGGUUCAGGCAGACCAUUAAAAACACCUGUGGUCUGAUGGCUCUGAUUCACUGCAUCAGCAACGGGGAGGCAAGGGAAUAUAUCCCCGCAGGAUCUGAACUGGACCAACUGUUCAAGACAGCCGUGGACCUGGCUCCUACGGAGCGUGCUCAGUUGCUGUACGAUUCACCCUUGCUGGAACGAGCACAUCGCUCAGCUGCGAGACGAGGGGACAGCACCGUUCCAGCUCCUGAUGACAAGUGUGGUUUCCAUUAUAUCUGCUUCGUCAAGGGGUCAGACGGCCAUCUGUGGGAUUUGGAGGGCGGGGUGAAGGGCCCUAUCGAUCGAGGGCUGCUGGAGGAGGGCCAGGAUGGGUUGAGUGAAAAGGCUCUCGAGCUUGGGGUUCGAACGUUCCUCAAGCAUCAAAGCGAUACCGGGAAGGGAGUCGACGUAUCUGGCUUCAGCAUUGUGGCCCUAGCACCGAGCAUGGAUUGA